AGCUGUCUUUGCCCAGCAGAUGAGAUGAGAGGUGUUAUAGGAAGAAGAUUCCCAAACCCUAACAAUGCCUUUACCCUUGCCUCCAUAGUCAAACAAACCCCAUUUCUCAUCCACUCCACAUCUCACUUCUCCUCUUCCUCCUCCUCCGACGGCGCUGGCCGUGGCCGUGGACGCGGCGGUUCCGGAUUCCCCGACGCCGGAGCGGGACAGUUCGGUUUCAAUCGCGAACCGGAAAUAGCUAACGAACCGGUUGUUGGUCAAGGACGUGGCUCACCGCAAUCGCAAUCUCCAGGAGGUCAUGGACAUGGUCGUGGCCGUCCGAUCCAAUCUGAUCCGAUCUCUCCUCCCUUCUCCUCGUUAAGAUCAGAUUCACAUAGCAUCGGCCGUGGAAGAGGUUCCCUUGGAUCAGAUUCCGUUUCGCCUUUCGCUCCUGAGCCUCCUCGCCUUCCAACCCCUCCUCAGCCGCACCAACCGCGUUUUGAAACGCAAAAACCGCGUUACGAACCGCAGCAACCGCGUUUUGAACCGCAACAGCGUUUUGAACCGCAACAGCCACGUUUUGAACCGCAACAGCCACGUUUUGAACCUCAACAACCGCAGCAACGUUUUGAACCUCAACAACCGCGUUUUGAACCGCAGCAGCAGCGUUUUGAACAAGGCAAGGAAGAUUUUGAGGAAAGUCCUCCUCCAUUUGCGAAGCUUGAAGAUACAAAGGCUGCAACUUUGCCGCCACAAGAGUCUAAUGCUUUAGGAAGUGGAGCAGGUCGAGGAAAACCUCUCGCGCCACCACCAAAUGAAGCCAACCGCCACAUUCAACGUCCUCCUCAGCCUCCCCAGCGUCAGAAGCGAGUUCAACCUCCCAAGGAUGAGACUCCACGACCCCAACUGAGUCCGGAAGAAGCUGGAAGGAGAGCAAGGAGCCAGCUUUCACUCGGCGAAGCUGAAGGAGGCGGCGGUGGUGGUGUGAGGGGAAGAGGAGGAGGCAGGGGAAGAGGGAGAGGAGCGAGAGGGAGAGGGAGGGGAAGAGGUGGUGAUGGAUGGAGAGAUGAUAAGAAAGAAGAGGAAGCUGAACAAGAGGCUUUGAGUGUAUUCGUUGGUGAUUCUGGUGAUGGUGAGAAGUUUGCUAAGAAGAUGGGGUCUGAGAUUAUGGAAAAGUUGGCUGAAGGUUAUGAGGAUAUUUGUGAAAGGGCUUUGCCUUCUACUGCUCAUGAUGCCUUGGUUGAUGCUUAUGAUACUAAUCUCAUGAUUGAGUGUGAGCCGGAAUAUUUGAUGCCUGACUUUAGAUCAAAUCCUGACAUUGAUGAGAAGCCACCACUGCCUCUGCGUGAGUGUCUUGAGAAAGUGAAGCCUUUCAUAGUGGCUUUGGAGGGGAUCAAGGAUCAAGAAGAAUGGGAGGAAGCAAUUAGUGAAGUGAUGGCGGAAGCUCCUCUUAUGAAAGAGAUUGUUGAUCACUACAGUGGUCCUGAUCGAGUAACUGCUAAGAAACAGAACGAGGAACUCGAUAGGAUUGCUACAACAGUUCCCCAAAGUGCACCUGAUUCUGUGAAACGAUUUGCAGAUCGUGCUGCUCUUAGUCUUAAGAGUAAUCCUGGUUGGGGAUUUGACAAAAAGUACCAGUUCAUGGACAAGCUCAUCUUGGAGGUGUCACAGAACUACAAAUAGAGAUCUAAAGGUUUUAAAGACAUUCUUAAAAGCUUAGUCGUCGCAACUGAGUUUAGAUUGGAAUGUAGAAUCUUGCAUCUACUUAAAACGAUAGUUUGGCCUUUCACCUUUUUUUCAUUAUACAUUGUCAAGGUUUCAUAAUAAUGGCAUUGUUCUUUCGAUAUUGUACCUCAAGAGAUCAUGUUUUAAUGGAUUUGAAGGGUUUAAGCCUGUUUCUGGAUCUGUGUAAUCCGAAAGAAAGAAAGAUUCUCUG